UCAAUUGUUUUGACUUUCGCCCGGCGAACUCUGCAAGGCAAAUUUUCAAGCAAGCAUAGUUUAUCCACGAUGUCUGAAACGCUAAACAAAGUGGUUGAUGUGGAUAUCGAUCCCAAUGGAGUUUUCAAAUACAUUUUGAUACAUGUCAAGGAUAAUGGGAUGGAAAAGAAAAUUGUGAGAGGCUACCAACGAUGCGACUACCAUGCCGACAUAUUUGACGAGACGGAGGCUGUCCUGAAAAAGAUAAGCUCGAGUUUGAAAGCCAAAUGCCUGGGCGGUGGCAGAAUCAAGCACGACGCGGCCGACAAAAAGCUCCACGUGUACGGAUAUUCUCAGGGAUACGGUAAAGCCGAUCAUGACAUCAGUGUGAGCAUUUUGAAGACAAAGUACUCGGAUUACGAUAUCACGUGGUCCGAUGAGGGAUACUGAGCUUUUUUAUGAAUAAUUCAAGAUUCGAUUAACUAUGAUUACUUGGUAUGCUAUAUUUUACUGCUGUGCGAAAAAUAAUUGAAAU